CUGUCCCACUCUGUCUAUGUGGUUCUGACUGCUCGUGUCUCCGCGCUUUGCACUGUAGACCAUUCAACCAAUUCUCCGCAGUGCCAAAAGGAGGUAAUGAGUAAGAUGAAGAAUUGAGGAGAGAGUUAGAGAGAGAGAGAGAGAGAGAGAGAGAGAGAGAGAGAGAGAGAGAGAGAGAGAGGUGGGAAACGGCAAAAUCCUGUAAGGGUUCUUGGCGUUCGGAUCUUUCAGCGCCUGUGCACCGCUGACUGGGUCGCGCGGAGAGGAUGAGCUCAUUCAGCACCAGGGCCCUAACGCUUCUCUCCUCUGUGUUUGGGGCAUGUGGGCUGCUCUUGGUGGGCUUGGCCGUGUCGACAGACUACUGGUUACUUAUGGAGGAGGGUAUUGUGCUGCAGCAGAACCAGACCACUGAGGUCAAGAUGGCACUCCAUUCCGGCCUUUGGAGGGUUUGCUUCGUGGCUGGGCCAGAGAAGGGGAGAUGUGUGGCAUCAGAAUACUUCACUGAGCCUGAAAUUGAGAUUACAACAGAGAACACAGCAAAUAUAUUGAAAAUGGUAAGGACAGCGACCCCCUUCCCCUUGGUAUCCCUCCUCUUUGUUUUCACGGCCUUCAUCAUCAGUAACAUCGGGCACAUUCGGCCUCAGCGUACCAUCCUGGCCUUCGUCUCUGGAAUAUUUUUCAUCCUGUCAGGCUUGAGUCUGGUGGUCGGUCUGGUGCUCUACAUUUCUAGUAUAAAUGACGAAGUAAUGAACCGGCCGAGGGAGCCUGAGCAGUUCUUCCACUACCACUAUGGCUGGUCCUUUGCCUUCGCCGCCAGCUCCUUUCUGCUCAAAGAGGGUGCUGGUGUGAUGUCGGUCUACCUCUUCAUGAAACGGUACGCCGAAGAGGAGAUGUACCGGCCCCACCCAGCUCUUUAUCGCCCCCGCCUGUCUGAGUGCAGUGACUACAGCGGCCAGUACCUGCACCCCGACUCCUGGCCUCCCCCCCAGCGUGGUCGCAGUGCUUCAGAAGCCUCCAGUGACAUCUCUAUCCAGCUCAACCAGACCUCACCACCGCUGGUGGCCAAGAGCAGCCUUCCCUCCAACCCGCCCUCGUCAGGCCCAUCCUCCGCAGCCAGCUUCCACCUCCAACCCGCAAGCUCCUCCUCCUCCUCUUCCUACCCCCACACUCACCACUCCUCCCACACUGGAGGCCCUGCCCCCCAGUUGCUUCCUAUGGCUACACCCCCUUCUGCCAUGCCACCUCCUCUCUACCACACACACAUGAGGAUGAGCGCUUCGCCAUGCUAGAUGGUGAGAUAUGCAGCGCACACACGCACACACACACAUGCAGAAAUGAGAGGUUAAAGGAAAGGAAAAGCGUUGAGAGCAAUAAAACAGGCUGAGAGAGAGUAUGUGAAGGAGAGCGGUGACAAUGUCAGGCCAAAAAUGGAAGCAAGACAAAGGCAUGUGUGUGUGGGGGGUGUUUUUAACUUUUGCCUGAGACUAACUGCACAUGAUCUGAGGUGAGAAAGGAGAGGAAUAUGAGGUGAGGGGAGGGUAACACACAUGGGGGAGAAGGAAAAGGGGCAAAGUUCUUAAAACACUGAUGUGAAAAAAAUUAAAAAGAACAAUUGUUUAUGCAUUUUGUUUUCUGAAAAACCUGUAUAAAACAUAACAUGCUUGGUGUUGUACUCUAUACCAACAUUUUUUAAUAUAUCUUUGGGCAAUAUACUUUUUUCAUCUUUGGUAUUAUUUUGUGAAAAACUGUUGUUAGAAAUACCACCCCCCACCCCCCCAAAAAAAACCAAACAAAAAAAUCCAAUUACAAAAUCCUGUUGACAGGCUUAUUGAGGCAGUCAAGAACCACAAUUGCUAAAAAGUUUAUUGAAUAGCAAACCCAGAGGCAGUCAUUUAAAUGACAUAUCCACGGUUCUUUUCUGCCACUAUGUUAUUACCCCUGUCUGCACAGACUAAGUUCUCUAGUUUGCUCCUGCUCACGCUUCUGUCUAAAAUUCAACAGGCGCAAAUUGUUAUUAGAUGUGCAAAUGAGAACCAGGGUCCCGGUGCGGUGGCUGAUAACAAUCAUGUCUGGGUCCUUUAUGCUCUGCAGUAUUACUGAUUUCAGUGUGAACUGUCUUCUUCUCAUAUAGUAACAUUUUAAGUGCUAAGUUAUCAAACCAGAAUAUGCCUCAAAAUGGUUGCUGUCAUCUGUAGUAGACCCCUGUAAUUUCAGUUAAAAGUAUUUCCUGUGUUACAUUCUCUUGCGUGUUUAACAAUAUUAUUCCAUUAUAACUAUUACUUCUAGAGCUUAUCUACUACAGCCACUAUUAUUAAAGCUUAUAUAUUGUAUCAUAUUAUAAUACAAGCUAUUAUUGCACUUGUAUACUAUAACUACUUUACAUAAAUAUUAAAAAAGAAGUUUGGUAUGUGCGCAAGAUAGAUUGGGAAGAUAGACCAUGAAAAAUAUUUAAACAAAUUUUGUGAAGUUUUUAAAUAGAAUGUUUAAAUACAGACAUUUAAUAGCACAACACAAUAACAAUACAAUGUUUUCUGGUUUAUAUUUUCUCUGCCAGGCUAAGUAGUGAGAAGAAAUUAUAUAUGGUUCCUUGAUCGCCCCCUGGUGCCCACAAAUGUUUACUACUAUUCAUACAAUUUAUUAUGAAACUUCCAUCUGAUUUUGUGGCUGUUUUAUUUGUACUUGUAUUCAGCACUAGAAUGCGUUGGAUUCAUGCAUGCACACACAUGGCAAAAAAAGGUUGCUCAUUAUACAUCAAAUAACUUUUCCAAAUUAAUUUAACUAUAUCAUCACAAGCUGAAAAACAAAUUAUUAUCUUUUAAGUUCCAAAUAAAAGGCAUUAUUUUGGUUUUAAAAUUUGAACAGAUAGUAUAGAACAAGUGUUUACUGAGAUGAAUACUAUUUUCUUGACUGUUCAUAGUGUAAAUUACACAUCUUAAAUAUGAAUAAUUAUUGAUUACGUCCAGGACUGGCUCCUGCUGGAAAGUAUAAAACUACAUAAUUAUGUUAUCAAUAGAAUAGGUAGUAGUUUAGUUAACUACUCAUAUACAUUACAUACACAUAGAGUACCAGUCAAAUGUUUGGACACUCCUGACUAUUAGGCCUUCAUAGUCUUUUUAAAGGUAUCAUAAUCUAAUUGUUUAUGCCUAAAUUUAUUUUUAAAACAAAUUUUAAUAGUGAAAGAUACAAUAACAUUUUUUUAUUAAUAUUUUUUAAUUACACCCUCUCAACAAAUAGUUUUCACUCUGAACUUUAGUGUUUCUACACAUAUGUGGGAAUAUCCUUAAGAUAUCAUAGGUGAUUAUGAAUCUGGUUAAGAGAUCACCAAGAACAUGAAAUGCUGUCAUCAAAGUAAAGGGUGGUAAUUAAAUUUGUUUAAACAAUAACAAUGUUUAACACAUGUGCUAUUUCAUUGUUUUUAUACCUUUACUCUUUUUGUAAAAUGUAGAAAACAGUGAGAAUAAACAAAGAGUAGGUUUGUCCAGACUUUGAACUGGUACUACAUUUUCAGAGAGAAUCUAAGAGAUCAUUUGUCUUGCAAUUUAUUUGUAUCUAAACUGUUGGAUGUUCUAACCCUAACCCUAACCCUAACUCUCUUGAUCUGCUACUCUGUCAACUCAUUUCCUUCUUUUUAAACCCAUUCUCUCUCUCUUACUUUCUGUCCUUAAAUCUUGUCUUAGCGCUUUGCUUCUGCUAAAAUGUCUUUCUAUGCUUAUUAUAUUCUCAGGUGCUUAUUAUUAUUAUUAUUAUUAUUAUUAUUAUUAUUAUUAUUAUUAUUAUUAAGGAUCCAGUUUGGUCCUGCAUCAGAGACUUUUCAUGCUUUAUGAAUACACAGACUAUAGUUAAAUGAUGUAGUCCUGGUUCUGGAGGGAGCUCAACCAUUCCUUGAUCUUCUGAAUAAAACACAAUAAAUGUGUCAA